AUGGCACCGCCUCGGGGAAGAGGCGGUAGGGAGCAAUCACGAGAAUAUAGAAUAUCGAGAGAACUUACGUUCAUACUACGGCAUGCCGCUGAAAAGGAGGGGAUUAAAAUCGACAGGCAAGGCUAUGCUAACGUGGGCGAACUAUUACAAUAUAGGAAACUCAAGGGCCUAAAAGCGACCCUAGCAGAUGUCCUCGAGGCAGUUUCCACCUCCGAUAAGCAGAGAUUUGGUCUUCUAUACAUCCCCGACCAACCCAGCUUGCCCGAAAUAAACGCAAAAGAAGAGGCGGCUACAGGCGAUGAGUCCUCUCUCUUGACUGCUACCAAUCAAGCACUCGCCGCCAACGAUCCGGAUCCGAAUAACUACUUAAUCCGUGCCAGACAGGGGCAUAGUAUGAAGUGUAUUGACUCUGCCUCUCUUCUUACACCACUUACCCUCUCUGAAAAUCCCUCCGUUCCCCUACCUGAAACUGUUGUCCACGGAACCUACCAUGCUACCUGGCCCAAGAUACUCCAGAGUGGCGGGCUGCGGUGUAUGGGAAGAAAUCACAUACACUUUGCCAGUGGGCCACCUAUAAGCUCAGUUCUGCCUAAUGGGAGAGGCGGUGAGGUAGCGACGCCUCCAGCCAAAAGCCAUGGACGUGAUAGUGUAAUUUCCGGGAUGAGAGCAGAUGCUCAAAUUUUGAUAUAUAUCGACCUUAAACGCGCCCUAGCUGCCGGCUGCCCGUUCGGCAUAAGUGAGAACGGUGUAAUUUUGAGCGAGGGUAUAUCUUCCGAUGGGACUGACGAUAAGAAGAUAGGACUCGAAUUCUUCGACAUCGUGGUAGAGAGGAAGAACGGUCUGGGUAUUUUAUGGGAGAACGGGGUGUUAGUGAAAGAAUCGCCCGAUUGGAUGUUAACUGCAAAGGCUCCAGUCGGGAAGGGUGGUCAGAGGCAAAGGGGUGGGAGGGGCCAAGCCUCGGCGCCACGACUGAAGAUAGAGAAGGAUACAGAUUGUGUGGAGGAAGAUUGA